AUGGACGACAAUGGCGAGGAUUGCGUGUACUUCGGGCGCGCGUUGGAGCGCGAGGAGGGCGCGGGGGGCCGCAAGCUGCACCUGGCGGUGGCGGAGGGGCGCGCGAAGCAGGCGGUGCCGCCGUGGCAGCAGGAGGCGCGCGACGAUGAGGGCAGGCGGCGGUUUCACGGCGCGUUCACGGGGGGCUUUUCCGCGGGGUACUUCAACAGCGUGGGGUCCAAGGAAGGGUGGCAGCCAGCAUCGUUCCGCUCGUCGCGCUCGCAGCGCGCGGAGGUGCAGCCGCAGCGCGUGGAGGCGCUCAUGGACGCCGACGAGCGCCACGACGCGCAGCGCGGCGCCGUGGCGGCCCAAAGCGCGUUCGACACGUUCGGCUUCACCGCUGCUGAGCGCGCCCGCCAGCUCGCCCCCGCCGCGGACCGGCGCCCCUCCGUGAUCCCCGGAGGGGCCGUGGCAGAGCUGCUGGCGCCCGCUGCUGACUCCAUCGGUGCGGCAAGGGGGGAAGGGAGGGGGGAGGCAGGGGGAGGGAGGGGCUGCGCCAGAGGAGGCAGGGGGAAGGGACAGCUGGAUUGGAUGGCCAACCUGUGCGUCUGUCCUCUGCUCUUCACGUCUCAACCCAUUGCCUCAGUGCCCCAUGCACUUGCAUACCUCCUCCCCCCCCACUUUCCUUCCACCUCUCCCACUUCCCGCCCCUCUCCAACCCCCCUCCUUAAUCCAACACGCUUCACAUUCCCCCCUCCACCAACCUUCCCCGCUCCUCCCGUCCCCCUUCCCCAACCACCCAAGCCAGGCAAGGCGCUGCUGCGCAGGAUGGGGUGGAGAGAGGGCAGGGGGCUGGGGCCGGACGAGGUGGCAGCUUCCAGGAAGGUGCAUCGCGAGGGCAGGCGGGCAAUGCUGGCGCUGGCAGCGGGAGGAAGAGGGCGCGGGGAGGGGGGAGGAGACGAUGAUGGGGAGGCAGAGGGGGACGAGGACGAUGAGGAAGGGGACGCAUGGGGGGGUCGAGAGGAGAUUGUGGGGAAGGGCAGGGGGGCAAGGGGUGGCAAGGACGGGGGGGCGUUGGCGGCAGCAGCGGCAGCAGAGGCGGCGGUGGCGGCGCAGCUGAGGGCGCCCAAGCGGGACACCCGGGGUGUGGGCUUCGAUGCUUUCCAGGGCGCUGAGGAUGUGCGAGGUCAGGCGUGCAGAGGGGUGGUGAGGGCGUGCAGAGGGGUGGUGAGGGCGUGCAGAGGGGUGGUGAGGCGUGCAGAGGGGUGCUCUUCUUCCUCCCCGUUGCGUGUCACUCUCAUUGCUCACUACAACUCCCUCAUCCCGCCUUCCCGCCUUCCCCCUCCCUGCCUCGCCCGCCUCUCUGUUCUCUGGGGAGUGGGAGCAGAGCACAGGCAAAGGACGGCAGGGGGGGCGAGGGAGGGAGGGGAGAGGGGGGGAGAGAGGGGCCUGGGUGGGCGGUGCAGGGCGGGUGGUGGCAGGCAGUCACUGUUUGCGGCGGGCAGUGGGCGGGUGGCGGGGGGGUUUGGCAUCGGGGCUCUGGAGGAGGCUGGGGCUGAGGAUGAGGAUAUCUACGACUUCGAGAUACCGGCGGGCGAGCUGCACCUAGUGGCGAGCGACGAGGACGAGGAGGGGGAGGGGCGAGGCGUGCAUGCUGGCGGGGGCUUCAUGGCCGCAGGCAGGCGCGGGCAGCAGGGGGGGCAGCAGGGGGCGCAGGGAGGGGCGCAGCAGGGCAUGGCGUGGAUGGGAGGGGUGGGCCGUGGGAGCAGCUCGGCUGUGCUGCGGGGCUUCUCGCCCUCCACACUCGCCCCGCCGCCAGCCCCUCCCCCCGCAGACGCGGCGGUGCGGGCGGCGGUGGAGGGCGUGGCGGCCAUGGUGGCGCGCUGUGGGGCGCACGUGGAGGCGCUGCUGCUGUCUCGGGCAGGGGGAGGGGUGGGGGAAGGGGCGCAGGAAGGCAUGGUGCAGGGCGCAAGCGCGAGGGAGGGAGGGGGAGGAGAGGGCAGUGCGCGGCUGGCGUUCCUGGUGGGCGGGGAGGGCAGUGCGUACUACCGGCGGCGCGUGUGGGAGCUGGCGGAGAGGCAGAGGGCCGCCCAGGGCAGGGCAGCAGCGGGCAAGGCAGUGGGGAGCAGUGGGGGGGAGCGCCUGGGGCCUGAUGUGCGGGGCGCGCUGCUGGGCGAGCAGCCCCUGCCUUCCUCCCAGCCUGCCCCUGCUCCACGUCUAUCAGCGCACCCCACACCCACCUCAACUGCUUUUCCUGCUGCUGCAGCUUCUGCCUUUACUUCUGCCACAUCUCCUGCUGCUCCCCCUGCCCCCACCGUGCCGGCCUUCCAGCAGCACGGGGCGGCGGCUGAGCUGGCAGCGAUGAUGGCGGCGCGCUUCCACAGCAGCGGGCAUGAGGAUCGGGCGGGCAAGGGCGGCAUGAGCAGUGAGAAGGCGGCGCUGCCUGCUGCACCCGGGGCAGGCACUGCGCUGGCAGGGGCGGCAGCAGUGGUGGUGGCUCGGCGGAGGGAGGAGGCGUGGAGGCCGCUGCCUCUGCUGUGCAAGCGCUUCAACCUGCCCGACCCGUACGCGGGCAAGCACGCCUCUGCUUGCCUGCCACCAGAUUUCCCCGCUGCUCCCUGCCCCUUCCCACACGUCCACUCCCCUUCUUCCUCCCCCCGUGUAUUCUGCCCGGCUGGUCCCACUGCCAUGCCUGCCGCCCAAGUGGUUCACUCUGCUUGCACGCUGCACCUCUGCGCCGCACACCUGUGCGAUUCUCUGCAGUCAACCCGGUCACAGCACAUCGAUCCACUUGUUCACCUUUUCACACGGCUUUCUUCUCUCUCCUCUCUCUUCUCCUUUUCCGUGGUCCCUCCACAACAGGCCCCUCCCCCCCCUCUCCACCGUCCCUCUCAGCUCGACACCCUCACCUCCUUCCCCCAAACCCUCCCCUCCACCACGCCCGCCCCCACUGCUGCCCCCACUGCUGCCCCCUCGCCUCUCCUCUCCCUCCCUGCGCCUCCUCCUGCUGCGCCUGCCAUGCCUCCUGGGCGUGAUGGGUGGAUGGAAGGACACGAGGAGGGACACGCAAUCUUUUCGGAUGAUGAAGACAGCGACGAUGAUGCUCGUGCCACAUCCGCAGCGCCAGGUGGCAUUGAUGACGUGGCAGCGGCAGAAGCUGCCACGCGGGCUCUUGCCCGGCUGGAGGCAGGUGACUUCCUGGAGGGGCUGGGCGAGGAGCUGGGCUUGCAGGUGGACCCGGGGGAGGUGCGACACGGGGCAGGGGGCGAGGGCAGGCGAGAGGAGAGGGAGGGCAGCAAGGGUGCGAAGCGGGAGAGUAAAGCGGGAAAGGGGAGGGCAGGAAAGGAGCAGGAGGGUGGUGUGUGGGGCCAAGGGGGUUAUGGCGCUGGCAUGGCAGGCAGUGCGGAGGGUGCAGUGGAAGCAGGGCGGGCAGAACGGGCCAGAGAAGGAGUUGAGAACGUGGCAGGUGGAAGCGGGGCGAGUGAGGCAGCUGUGGGGGAGGAGCGGCAGAGUGAUCAGGGAGGCAGUGGAGGUGGUAUGGCUGAUGCACAUGGACGCACGAGAGGUGGUGCCAUGGGGGAGGGAAGGUGCGCACUUGCUGCUGCCGCUGCUGUCGCUGCUGUCAAGAAGAAGAAGCGUGUGCUGACGUCAUCGUCGUCGUCAUCAGCAUCGUCGGGGUCUGACUCGGAUAGCGCAGGCUCUUUGUCUGGUAGAGGGGAGGGGAGGAGGAGGAGGAAGGAGGGGGUGAAGAAAAGGAGCAAUAAACGGUCACGAGAGAUUGAUGGGGGGAAGAAGCGACGGAAGAGGACGAAGAGACGAGACAGCGGGAGUACAGGAAGUGAAGAAUCAGAUCAUGCAGCGAGGAGGAAGAAGCACAAGAAGAAGGCAUCACGGAGAAAGCACCACAGGGGAAGGCAUGAGAGCAGCAGUGAGAGCGAUGGGAGCAGCAGUGAGGGUGACAACUGUGGGAGUGACAGCAGCAGCGAGAGGAGACACACCAAGAGCAGACGGCGGCAUGGUGAUAAGGGGGGGCACAAGAGGCGGAACAAGUGA